AUGAAACUGAAACAAGAAGUAGAAGAGGGCUUCCAAUCCAGUGACUCGGAUAGCGAAGAGACCUCCAGUGGCAGUGAGGAAACCAGCGAUGAUGAAUCUGAGGAGACUUCUGAUGAUGAAUCCGAAGAUGAUUCUGAGGAAACCUCUGACGACGAUGAAUCCGAAGAAGACUCUGAUGAAAGUGGAGAAUCCGAAGAAGACUCUGAAGAAACAUCGGACGACGAUGAAUCCGAAGAAGACUCUGAUGAAAGUGGAGAAUCUGACGAAGACUCUGAUGAAAGUGGAGACUCUGACGAAGACUCCGAGGAAACCUCUGAUGCAUCUGGGUCCGAAGAAGACUCUGAUGAAAGCGGAGAGUCUGGUAAAGACUCUGAGGAAACCUCUGAUGACGAUGAGACAUCUGAGGAUGAAACAUCUGAUGGAGACGACUCGGAUGAAACCUCUGAUGACGAUGAGACAUCUGAGGAUGAAACAUCUGAUGGAGACGACUCGGAUGAAACCUCUGAUGAUGAUGAAACAUCUGAAGGAGAGACUUCUGAUGGCUCCGGAAGCGGUUCUGGAUCUGGCAGCGGCUCUGGAUCUGGAAGUGACAGUGAUAAGAGUGGAUCCAAGAGUAGCUCCAAGAGUGGAUCCAAGAAUGCAAGUAAGAGUGCAAGUAAGAGUGCUUCCGGCUCUGAUGAGGAUGAUGGAUCCGAGGGUAGUGGUUCAGGAGCUGGUAUCGCAGCCGGAGCUGCUGCAGCUGGAGUUGUUGCUGGAGCUGCUGGUGCCGCAGCUUUGUCAUCCAAGAGUGGAGACAAAAGUGGAGACAGCAAAAGUGGAGACAGCAAAUCCGGAGGAGAAAAAUCUGGAACCAGCGGAGAUGAGGAGGAAUCUGCGGCUGACUCCAAGAAAUCGUUUGGUUUUGGGGCCGCUGACAAGGCAGCUGAAGACGAACCUCAAUUCCAAGAUUUUUACAAGACAGACCCCGAAGAUCCUGAAAGAGGAGCAGAUCCUGAACCUUCUUCAUCGUUUGAGAAGAGAGGAAACAAGGCAAAGAAACCAAAAAAGACGAAGCCGAAACUUGACCCUGUUGCUUACAAGAAGCGAAAGCAACGCAGGCAGCUUGGUUUCUGUUUGAUUGCCUUGUUGGUCAUCUUGUGCGGAAUCGGUAUCGGUGUUGGUGCUGGUGUUGGUAUCUUUGGCCCGGCAACGGAAGCACCCACAACAGGUGAACCCACCAUGGCACCGAUUGUUUCUCAAUUUCCCUCUGCAUCCCCUUCUAUCUCACAAGGACCAACCACUGAUCUCAAAACAGAUGAUCUCACCACCUUGAUCAUCCGUGCUUCGAGCGAAACAACAGAAUACGACACAUGGGCAGAUGAAACCUCCGUCCAAGUGAAGGCCCUCAAUUGGCUAAAGGACAACGAUAAUCUUCGAUUCUACAGUGACGAAAAGAAGAUUACUCGAUGGGCGUUGGCUGUUUUCUUCUACACCACGAAUGGUGAAAGCACCUGGACUGACACUGGCAAGACAAAUUGGCUUACCGAUGCAGAUGAAUGCAUAUGGUACAUUGAUGGAAACGCACCUGCCUGCAAUCGCGACGGGCAGUUUGCGAACUUGAAUCUCAACCAGCAGGGAGUAACUGGAACAAUUCCGCCGGAACUUGGUGUACUCUCGGACAGGAUGGAAAUCAUUGACAUCGUCGGGUCAGCUAGCCAGAAGAUUGCCGGUUCUCUCCCUACUGAGAUUGGUUUCUUGGAUGGCCUGACUGAGCUGACACUGCAAAAUAAUGGAAUUAGUGGUUCUAUUCCUGGCCAAGUCGGGAACAUGAAAGCUCUCCAGACUUUGAAUUUGGCCGAUAACAACUUCCAGGGAACUUUGCCCCGUCAUCUUCUCCGUGGAUUGAUAUCCUUGACAAGACUCUAUCUCCAAAACAACGACCUAAGCGGAAGUACUGAUGAUCUCAGUCGCUUGCCUUUGGUGGAUGUCAACAUUAGUGGCAACCGUUUCUAA